GAACGUACGUAUACGAGCUCAGCCAUCGGCACGUUCGUCGGAGUGCGUGCAUCAUGCUCUUUCUCUCUCCCUCUCUCUCUUCUUCGAUAAAGGCACCAGCGGAUCGAGGUGUCCGGCCAGUCGGUUCUCGGACGUCGAUCGUUAAGUGUGCCGCGUGGAUCUUGCCGAUCUCUGAUUUUUGCGGCUGCCGAAAGGAUCUCGCACCGAUUAGAAUGGAAAUGAAAGCAAUUUCGAGGAGGACGCUCGCGAGUAACACGACGAAAUCGGUCGGAUAAGUUGGGACGUCUUUCGGGAAACUCGAUAUAACGUCGCACUUGGGCCGAGAAAAACAACGAUUUGGUGAAGAUCGGACGAUUAAGCACGUGCGUGUAUGUGUGUGCCUGUGCGCGCGUGGAUCCUCGAUAAUCAAUCAACCGCUGUACACGGUGUUCGAUAAGUCGCGAAGACAGAGAGUCGAGCGAGCACGUGGUCGCCGCCGCGGCAGCGAGGAUCGGUACGGAUUUCCGACGGUCUCACGUAAGUUCUCCUUCGCGGCGCGCGGAGACGUCAAUUUUGAAGGCCGGUCUUGGAGCGGGAGGGGAGAAAUAAUAUAGAAUGAGUUAAUGAGCGGAAAUUACCGCAGGACUACGAUAAAGUUCGCUUCUCGCCGCUCUUUGCGAGCCACCUCUCGGAUGACGAGCGGGAAUUGUAGGUCAAUGACCAUUCUCGUCGUUCCCGUCAUCCUGAUACGGCGCUCCUAAUUCUCCAAAGUGACGUCCCCGUCGUGCAGACGACGUUGCCUUAAUCCGAUCCGGAUUAUAAAGCCGCAAUAAAACUGCGAAGUAGCUGCGUGUAUAAGCGACGAUCUUGUUUCUUGGGGCCGUUUCGCUAUCUCGAGACUUAAGCCUCGCGACGAGAUUCAGUCGACGUCCUAGCGACGUACGAUAACGUCUUCUUCGUUGACGCCGUAGGUGUCUCGGAUCGAUUGGGACCCGGCAGGGAUUUCCGGAUGACUUAAUGCUCGCACCGACACCGAGUGUGAUCGAUGACACGUGCAUUCGUGCGAAAAAAAUCUCUGAAAAAGGCCGGUGCGAGCGCGAGAUAACGAUAUACAUAUAUAGGUGAUAUUUGGAGAAUCGACCGAUAAUGCAUCGCUAGUCUCGAUUUCGUAAUUCUCGAGAGCGUCGGAUUCACCUGUCUGACUAGUCUGCAAAGCCACCGGCAGACACAAGAGAGGGAGAGAGAGAGAGAGAGAAAGAGGGAGAAAAGUGACUGAAGUCUUCAAUUAAAACCGGCAACCGGCAUUAAGCAAAUAACGCCCGCGUUACAUGGAAGACUUAUCGACGAGUGGUGCAACCAGGGUGUGACGAGAUAAAUGUGCAAGAUCUAAUAUGAUAUCGAGUGACGAAAGAGGAGCGAGAGCGCCAGUCUCGCCUAAAUGUCGCCGGGACAAGUGCCGCGUCGCGUAGUCGCUCGGUGCAUCCGGAGCAAGGCCGAAUUCACUAUUGGCAAAGUUCAAUAAUUGAAAAAUCCAAAGUUCGAGUUAUGCUCAAUGCGAGGUGCUUGACGCGCAUUAAUUCAGAGAUUGACGCAGUAUAAAUCCCGGGACACGAACGCAUUGACUCGAUUAGACUUUGAUAAGGCGCAACCGUUCCGCUCAGGAUGGGACUCAUUCGCGUCUGCGUCCUUUUCGCGUCUCUGUUGACGCCAAUCGCGUGCACGAGUGACGUGGUACCCACCAUAUAUCCUAUCCCAUGGCAAAACGAGACCGUAGUGCCGGAGGAAUACAGGCAACUGCCACUGGUGGGGAAAUGUUGCUCCAUAGGCGAGGUCAUUGUAAAAGACACGGACGGGGGUACCGUUUGCGUCUCCUCGAACGACACGACGGUGUAUUUUUCACCUUUCUUCAGCGACUUCAAUCGCACCGGCGCGCUGGUGCCCGGUGACGAAUACAAGACGUUCGUCGCCAUCGUGGGAAAUCCCUGCAGUCUGAAGUACAUGCUACAUCCGGAGGAAAGCAGCGAAGAUGAGUAUUAUUUAUUGAUGAACGGCUCCAUCUUUGCGCCGCGAAUCGAUCAUGUACCAAUUAUGCUGAUGCCCGGCAAGGAUUACUGCAUGGAGGUUGUGCCCGAGAUGGGACUUAGGGCACUCGUUUGUUUUCAAGACAUCGCCGCCCCAACCGCGGAUGCGCGGGUCAUCAUUUACGCCUGCGGGCUGCUGAUCUCAGUUCCCUUUCUGAUACUCACAAUUGCGGCAUACGUGAUAACGCCGAGAUUGAGGGACGUCCACGGGAAAGCCCUUUGCCACUAUUGCGGCUGCUUGGCACUGGCCUUCACCACUUUGGCCCUUACGCAACUCGCAAGCGCGCAAUUAUCACCUCAAGCUUGCGUUAGCAUAGCAUUCGUCAUCCAAUUCUCAUUUGUGGCCUGCUUCUUCUGGCUGAACGUGAUGUGCAUCGAAACGUGGCUGCUGGUACGCCAUCACGUGAACCAGCGCGCGUACAGGAGAAUCCAGCCUCAACUACUGUUUUUCUACUACUCGAUAUGGGCCUGGGGCUUUCCAGCGGCCCUCAUUCUCGUCUCGAUGGCGAUGGAUCUCAGUCCUACGAUACCCAUGACCUACGUCAAGCCCGCUUUCGGUAGCGAGAGCUGCUGGUUCAAGUCCGACGUGGAAGCCCUGCCGUACUUCUACGUGCCGGUCGGCCUCCUCCUACUGGUGAACAUGAUCCUCUUCAUAAUCACCGCCGUCAGGAUCAGCCGGUACCAGCAAGAGCUCGCGCUGAGACGCCUGGCGAGGAACCAGCAUUCCGAUCGGGCGGAUCAAAGGCUCUUCCGCAGACUCAAGCGAAUCUUCAUCGUCUGCCUUGUACUCUUCUUUCUCAUGGGUCUCAACUGGAUGAUGGAAUUAAUCUCCUGGGGGGUCGGCGGCGACCCUUUCGACUGGACGGCGUUCGAUUUGGUAAACGCGCUUCAGGGUGUCCUCGUCUUCGGCCUGUUCGUCCUGAGGAGGCCCAUCAGGGACAUCGUUUGGCAUCGAAUACAGAAGAUACGGGGAAUAGACACCAUGGAAGUGGACGUCGGAAGCAUGGACCUGGCGCUACUGCCUGUGAUAAACGGCGAUAUCGCAUUUAACAGAUCAGACAGAUCGUUCAAUAAUUCUUAGAAGUCUUUCGAGAGAGAUCUCUUCUCCGCUGAAUAGGAAAAGGACGGUGCAUUUAACGCAGGCGGUUGGCCGAAGUGAUAUCAGCCGUGAAUUCGCAGCGAUCGAUAAACCGAUGAACCGAUGGACCGGCGGAAGAAAGGCGCCGGGAUCUCACGACGUCGACGCAAGUUAUUUUAACUUCGCUGUGUGCAAACAAAGCGGCCUUCUCGACCGGUGACGCUCAUCAAGAGACUUGAAAUGUAUUAUUCAUGCAAUUUUGUUGCGAACCACUCGAGAACUCCACUCGAGCCGGCACGAAAUUAGUUCGCGAGACCCGACACUUUCGCUGGAAGGAGAUUAUUUAUACUUAAUUAAAUCGCAAUCGCGCGUUAAGUAAUAGUUCUAGUCUUCGUUUUUUGCAAUAUAUUUGUAAUUCGUAAAUAUCAAUGCGUGUGUCGAGAUGCGCGCAGCGUGUUUUAAUUCCGAGCAAAGUGCAUCCACAGAGAGGGAACGUACAGCGUGACUUCGCGCGCGUCGAGUCGCGGUUAAAUUGCGACGUUGUGUGAAAAUACAUUUUUUUUUCUGCAAGGUAACGUGUUACACAACGUAUAAUUCGUCCGGCCCCGCGAAAUAUAGCGCAUGCUAUGUCGCGACGUUUCUGCGUUAAUUAUACGACCGUAGGGAAACGGGGAACGGAUGGACCUCGCUCAAGGAUCUCAAGUGAUAAGAGCGCAAUCGCGGCGCAAUUGAAAGUGUGAGAAGCGGCUGUAAUCGAUGUUCAUCAAAAGCGCGGCUACUUGUUAGUAAUAACUAUGCGUCAUAAGUCGGGCUGUUACGACGAUAUCUGUAGUGCUUCAAUUUACGCCGUAAAAUCGAUGUUCACAUUGAUAAUGUAUCAUUUAUACCUUUAUACCUUACGCGUCGUGCUUACUGUUGAACGACAUAACAGUAUGGUACAAUAACAACGUUAUGCAAAGCCUUUAUUUCGCGAAUCCGGCAUGACGUGUUAUGUUAAUGCAUUACAAAUAAGUUACGGCCAAACAGAAGUGCAGGAUAUUGAAUAGGGUAAUACAUCAGAACGCGUUUGUACACAACUGUGAGUUCGCCGCAACGCAUCAAUAUCGCGUAUUAUGCUGGAUUUCAUGAAAAACAGGUUCUACACAAUAUUGUUGUUGUAUCGUGUUAUUGUGUUCUGUAUGUAGCUAGUAUAUUAUUUAUUCUCGUAGUAGGCAUUAAUUUAUUGACUAAAUCAUGCAUAAUAUAGACCCGUAGAGCAAAAUGAGUCGAGAUGAAUAAAAAAUAUUAAUAUCCUUUA